AAGUGCUUCGAACUUAAUUAUUACUAUCUUGGCUAUAACGGAAAGGUCUUCGGCAAGGUGGCUACUACUUUUUCUAUCUCGGAGUUUUAUUUAAUAAGAAAAAUUGCAUCUCUUAAUAUAUUCCCGCUAAUAUAUUAUAAGACUAAAGCUAAGAUAAGGCAGAAUUUUAUUUAUAAUAGACGGAAGUUUAUAUUUCUUAAAGGGAUUAACUACUAUAAAUAUAAAGGCUUCGGUUAUUUCCGGAUAAAUAAAGGCCCGUUAAAAUUUCUUAUAAGGGGCCGUAUUAUAGUAAACGCGAUAGCGUUUAAAAACGCUAAUCCUAACUAUAGCAAGCCGCAAGUUAAUAAGACUUAUUAA